AUGGAUAUUUCAAGCAACGAUGGAUAUGAAUCGACUCCGCCCACAGAGGUGGAUAUCAGUUCGAUAAUAAAGGAGCAGGGCUUAUCGAAAACUGAUUCGAAAGAGCAACAGGAAUUUAAUGGGUUAUCUAAGCACCACAAAUUUGAAAGGCUCAAUAAUUUGAUCCAGAAAUCACAGGUUUACUCCCAAAUUAUAGCUGAUAAUAUAUUGCAAAGAAGUCUCAAUCUGAACAAUGUGCGGGACGAUAAUCAAUCGAAUGAACAAAAGGAACCAUCUAAAAAGAAGAGGAAAAUUAAGAAACAACAAGAUAUCACAACCAUGCUAUCGAGCAACAUAGCUGGCUCGACCAAAGCUACGCGACAAGCGAUUGAAGACUCCCAGACUAAAGCGCUGAUGUCACAACCUAAGUUGGUUACAGGCGGAACUUUGAAAGAUUACCAAUUGGAGGGUUUGCAGUGGUUGAGCACCCUUUUUGAGAAUGGGUUGAAUGGAAUUCUCGCAGAUGAGAUGGGAUUGGGCAAAACGCUACAGUGCAUUUCAUUUCUAGCCUUUUUGAUAGAACAGGGGAUUAAGGGUCCUUUUUUAAUUGUGGUACCGUUGUCAACUGUAUCAAACUGGGUUAACGAAGUGCGAAGAUUUGCUCCGGAAAUCAAAAUCUUCAAAUAUAGUGGUUCAAAAGAGGAACGUUCAUCUAUCAAUAUCAAGAAUCUAGUCUCAAAAGAAAAAACCAAUAUCAUAGUAACUUCAUAUGAAAUAUCAAUAAGGGAUUUCAAGAAGUUUAAUUUAAUUAACUGGAGUUACUUGAUUGUGGAUGAAGGACACAGACUAAAGAAUAAUGACUGUACGCUAAUUCGCUUUUUGAAAAAGCUUAAUGUCUCUAAUAGGCUUCUCAUAACUGGUACACCAUUGCAAAACAACUUGAAUGAGUUAUGGUCAUUGCUAAAUUUCAUUUUGCCAGAUAUUUUUCAUGAUCUAGAAUUAUUCCAACAAUGGUUUAACUUCGAUGAACUAACUAAAUUUGAGAACGAUGACCAGGAUGGAACUGACGAAGAGACCAGGCGAUUAAUUAAGCUCAACAUUCAGGAAAAUCUUGUAAAGAACUUGCACACAAUAUUGAAACCAUUCAUUCUUAGGAGACUUAAAAGAGAUGUGAUCAAAUCCUUACCCCCCAAGAAGGAAUACCUAAUACAUAUUCCAUUGACCCCUUUGCAGAGGAAAUUGUAUCAGGAUGCUCUCGAUAAUAAGCUUUCCUCGGGCCUAAUUGAAAUUGCUAUGAAAGAAUACAUAAACUAUAACUACCCCAAGGAAUUCAAAACGAAACAAGAUUAUGCAUUGAUUGACAAAUUUCUACUCAGGGAGCCAAAUUUGGAUACUACUUCCAAAUCGCAGAAUUAUAAGGAAGCUGAAUCAGAUGACGAAUUUGAGCUGGCUGUGGUGCCUGCACCUGUACCCACUACUAAAGAAAAUGACAACUCUUCUCUAGAGUCUGUAUUGAAACAAAAGAAUCUUCCGAAAUCGAAAAAGCAAGAUUUAAUAUUGAGGUUGGUGUACUCAAAGAUCAUAAAGGAUAUCAAUAAUUUAUCCUUGCAAAAUUCAAUGAUGCAACUAAGGAACAUCUGCAAUUCGCCUUAUAUUUACUAUGAACCAUUCGACCACUCAGAAGGCAAGCUGACAGAUGAGAAGCAAUUCAUGAAAAUUCUAUAUAAAAAUUCCGCAAAGAUCCAGGUGCUAGAUCAACUUUGUACCGAACUAAUGCUGAAAAAGCACAAAGUAUUGAUCUUUUCUCAGUUCACAAAGUUGUUAGAUUUGUUGCAUGACUGGUUUAAUUAUAAGAAGAUUCAAGUUUCACGAAUAGAUGGAAGUUAUAGCCAGGGAGAUAGAGAUAAUGAGAUAAAGCGCUUCAAUGAAGAUUCAACUACUCCAAUAUUUUUAUUAUCCACUAGAGCGGGAGGUUUGGGCAUUAACCUUACUGCAUCCGACUCCGUUAUCUUGUUUGACAAUGAUUGGAAUCCCCAGAUGGAUUUACAAGCUAUUGACAGAGUCCAUAGAAUAGGACAAACAAAGCCAGUGAAGAUAUUCAGAUUUUUGGUGAAGAACUCUAUCGAGGAAAUCUUGAUAAGCAAGUCGUCGUCCAAGCGUUUCUUGGAAAAAUUGGUUAUCCAGAUGGGUGAGUUCAAAUUCCAGAAGUUGAAGAAGAUUAUUGAGGAAAACGAUAGAAACAGCAACACUUUAAUUGACGUGAAAAGUAUGCUAGAAUUCUCUAAAUCGAGUUUUAAGCUGUAUGGUGAGAUAGAAAGUGACGACAAUGUACCAAGCUACGAGUAUUCGUUUGGAUCAGACAAAGAAGUGAUUUUCAGAUUAACAAAGAAUGAAAUAAAAGAGUUAUUGGAUAGAUCUGAAUUGUCAUACCAAAGAGAGAAUAUUGUCAACCUGAGAAACGUCUCCUCUUUUGAGACCUUAAAUAAUAUGGAUAAGUAA